CUCUGUAUAGUAUGUAACCUCAGAGAGAGGCCUGUUAUAUAUGAAAGUGGCCGAAUUUGGCGCAACUGAAAUGAAUAGUAGGAAAAUGAUUUUACUUAUUCUUAUCCUUUUAUUUAAGACAGCUAUUUCACUUUAUUAGUGACACGAGCGGGAAAGGCAACACUUGUUGAUAAGGAAAGCGGGAGUACUUGUUAAUAACUUUAAAGUCGUAGUGGAAGAAUACACAAGUCAGAACUUUAGGACAAGGUAAACAUGGCUUUGGCUGAAGCAGCAACUUUAUCACAGAAACAAGAUGAUGUGGAUGAAUUUGGACCACAGUUGAUUAGUAAACUUCAGUCCCAGGGAAUCAGUGCUGCUGACAUAAAGAAGCUGGAGGAGGCCGGCUACCAUACAGUUGAGGCAGUCGCUUUUGCACCCAAGAAAUAUCUGAUAGCAAUCAAAGGGAUAAGCGAAGCAAAAGCAGAUAAGUUGCUAGCUGAGGCUUCAAAACUAGUUCCAAUGGGCUUCACAACUGCCACAGAGUUCCACCAGAAACGUUCCGAGAUAAUACAGCUAACGACAGGCUCCAGAGAAUUGGAUCGAUUGCUGGGGGGAGGCAUUGAAACAGGGUCCAUCACAGAAAUAUUUGGAGAGUUCCGCACAGGAAAAACACAGCUCUGCCACACACUCGCGGUGACUUGUCAGCUCCCUAUAGACCAGAAUGGUGGCGAGGGGAAAAGCCUCUAUAUUGACUCGGAAGGAACAUUCCGGCCUGAGCGACUUCUUGCAGUUGCAGAUCGCUACAAACUGUCAGGGAACGAUGUGCUUGACAAUGUGGCUUAUGCAAGGGCAUACAACACAGACCAUCAGACACAGCUUCUUAUACAGGCAUCUGCUAUGAUGGCGGAGUCGAGGUAUGCCCUGCUGAUAGUGGACAGUGCAACGAGCCUUUACAGGACUGAUUUCUCUGGGCGUGGAGAGUUGUCUGCCAGACAAAUGCACUUGGCACGUUUCCUUCGCAUGUUGUUGCGACUAGCAGAUGAGUUUGGAGUGGCUGUAGUGAUCACAAACCAGGUUGUAGCACAAGUUGAUGGUGCUGCUCUGUUUGCUGCAGACCCCAAGAAGCCUAUUGGGGGUAACAUUAUAGCCCAUGCUUCAACCACAAGGCUGUACUUGAGGAAGGGAAGAGGUGAAACACGCAUUUGUAAAAUCUAUGACUCGCCUUGCCUGCCAGAGUCAGAAGCCAUGUUUGCCAUCAACGCUGAUGGAAUUGGUGAUGCUAAGGAGUGAACAGGAACACUGUGAUAUGUAUGCAGUAUGAUACUUUGUUGACUGUAGGGCACAGUGUGGAUACUGUAGAAAUCGCUGAUGGGGAGCAAAAAGCUGUAACUGUUGAUGCCUUCUCUUUUUCAGGUAUGCAACUACCUUGAGCAGCAAAUAACAUAUCUGUAUCUGGUGUCGAUAGUUUUGUUGCAAAGUGAAAGUCAGACCAGAUGACUGUUGAGGCCUAAUUAUGAAUAUUUCAGUUCUUGUAAAUAAAAGUAAUGCUGUGAUGAAGAUGGCUACCUUCUGGAUUGUUGCACCAUAUAAUGUGGUAGAAGUUUACUGACAUUUCAGACAUCCUUGCUGCCUACAUCAUCAGGGCGAUGAGUGAUGAGUGCUACAACCCAGAAGACAGCCAUCUUCAGACUCACCACUAUGGAAACCUCAAAUCCUACUUUGAAUUGACAGUUCCACUUUUAUUAGAUAUUAUCCACUGCUCAUCAAGGUCCCUAUAUGAACAUGUGUUACUUGACUACAUUAUAAAGAUUAAAUUUAAUCAAA